AUGGAAGUCAUUAUUUUAGUUAGUAGAUAUCAAAUGGAGGCCCCUGAGUGGGACCCACUGAAAAAUGACACCCUUCCGCCGACCCUGACGCCAGCUGUCCCUCCGUAUGUGAAGUUGGGCCUGACCAUUGUAUAUACUGUUUUUUAUUCAUUGCUUUUUGUGUUCAUCUACGUCCAGCUCUGGCUGGUCCUUCACUACAGGCACAAGAGGUUCAGUUACCAAACUGUCUUUCUGUUUCUGUGCUUGUUUUGGGCCUCCCUUAGGACUGUGCUCUUUUCAUUUUACUUCAAAGACUUUGUCACAGCAAAUUCUCUCAGCCCCUUCAUCUUCUGGCUUCUCUAUUGCUUCCCAGUCUGCCUCCAGUUUUUCACCCUGACCCUGAUGAAUCUUUACUUCACACAGGUGAUUUUCAAAGCUAAGUCAAAAUAUUCCCCAGAGCUACUGAAAUACAGGUUGCCCCUCCACCUGGCUUCUCUUUUCAUAAGUCUCCUCUUCCUCUUGGUGAAUUUAACAUGUGCAGUAUUGGUGAGGACACAGAAUUCAGAGAGAAAAGUCAUUGUCUCUGUCCGGGUGGCAAUUAAUGACACGUUGUUUGUGCUGUGUGCUGUUUCACUCUCCAUCUGCCUGUAUAAGAUUUCCAAGAUGUCUUUAGCCAACAUUUACUUGGAGUCCAAGGGCUCAUCUGUCUGUCAGGUGACAAGCAUAGGAGUGACUGUUAUACUACUUUAUACCUCACGAGCCUGUUACAACUUGUUCAUCUUAUCGUUUUCCCAAACCAAGAAAGUAAAUUCUUUUGAUUACGAUUGGUACAACGUAUCAGAUCAGGCAGAUCUGAAAUGUCAGCUGGGAGAUGCAGGUUACAUAGUGUUCGGCGUGAUCCUUUUCAUCUGGGAGCUCUUGCCUACUUCCUUGGUUGUGUAUUUCUUCCGUGUCCGAAACCCUACAAAAGAUCUAGCCAACGCAGGAAUGGUCCCAAGCCAUGGCUUCAGUCCCAGAUCUUAUUUCUUUGACAACCCUCGCAGAUACGACAGUGAUGACGAUCUAGCAUGGAAUAUUGCACCACAGGGGGUGCAGGGCAGUUUCUCUCCAGACUACUAUGACUGGGGCCAUCAGAACAACAGCUUCAUGGCUUACAUAGGAUCCCUCCAACAAGAUCCAGCACUGGACACAGACCGGCCAAGCCCUAUAUAACUUCAAUCAAUUAACCACAGCCUUCUAGGACAUUCCAAUAUUAAAACAAAUGUUCUGAAAAACAAAGCUUAGCAAUUUUUCUUCACCUUUUGGUUUUUAGAAGUGUUCCUAUGCACAGAU